AUGGAUUUGUUUGUAGAUGCAAGCGACUCCAAACUUCAGCCAUCGGACAAAUACCAAAAACUACUAAAAAUUAACAAAAAACGGAAAAAACCCAAAUCAGAUGGCUCAGAAGAAAAAAACAAGUCGGAAAACUCUGAUAAUAAACAGGAUAAACCCAAGAGUUCAACUUCAAAUAAAAACAACAAAACAACAAAUACCAUUGUUAAAAAAGGAGAUAAACCAGCUAACAAGGUGCCUAAAAAGGAACAUAAAUUGGAACACUUAAAUGUUAAUAAAAGGGAUAAACCUGUACAUUCCGAUAUUAAAAGGGAAAAGUCAAUAAAUCUGAGCCCUAAAAAGUAUAAACCAGGAAGUUCCAACUUUAAAAGUAGAGGAAAACGUAUAAACAGUAGUACGAAAGUGGUUCAUGAAUCUAAGGAAUCUAGCUCUAGGGAGAAUAAAUCACCAAUUUCCCGUAUUAUUAAGGAAGAUUCUAUAAAAAAUGAUGAAUCGCCAUCUUUGUCAAAUGUCGUUUGUUCGGAUUCUAGUAGGGAUAAGGAGCCGCAUUUGUUCCAUAACACUCUUAUUGAGUCUUGCACUGAAGUGGUUAGAUCAGCAAACGCAAUUUCUAACCCAGUGUACCGUGAAAUCGCAGCUAGUUCUCCAAACGCUAAAAAGCUCUCAAAUCUUAAGGAGAUGUACAAGAAUUCGAUGAACAAAAUCGAAAAUAUGAUCAAGAAACUUACCUCAGAUCACGUCUUUGACGAUAAUACGAGUUAUAUAGAUGUUCUAUUUGAUGAGAUUGAAUAUGGACUGAAGAAACAUAAUAGAGCACAGUACUCGAGAGAACUAAUAGAUCCACCAGAAAAUACAAAGCUACAGAAAAAAUCACAAAGUCAAGAUGAUUCAACCAGUAGUAGUGUUAAGAAUGAGUUGUAUAGAACUGAGAAGAGCUUUAAAAACUAUUUAAUUAAUUUGGAGAAUUCAACCAUAUCAAAAAAUAACAUUGAAGUUGAUUUGAGUAAUUAUAAUACUGAAAAGAGACCACAAGACCAGUGGAAGAACCACUACGAUAAUUUCUCCACAAGGUUCAAUAACCAUAGUCGCAUUAAGAAGUUUAACAAAAUUGACCCACAGGUGAAUUACUCAAGUGCGUACAGGGACACCAAGUUCUUUGAGAAGGGGUUCGUCCCCAAAAUUUACCCGAAACAUGAAUUCCUAUCAAUAAUAGACGAGCCAAUUCAUGUUAACCCACACCUAUACUCUCAGGAACUAAACUCACUCUUCUGGUCAGAGGAUAAGAAGAAUAGUACUCACCAAGGCUUUAAUAUAUUAGGCGGGACUAAAAACAAUUUACUAUCCCCCAAUGUAAACGGUGUCAAUAAUUGUGGAGUCAGUUUUUCAAGUUUGAAUGGGUCACAUAACGAAACGGUUCAGAAUAAAAUUGACUACAAAUUAAUAGAUAACGAGUCUGACUUUAAUGCAAUGUUGGAUAAGUUGAAGAAUUCUAGAAUUUUGUCGAUGGAUGUGGAGCACCACGAUACUGAGACUUACAGAGGCUUCAUAUGUCUGCUGCAAUUAAGCACACCACAGGAGAAUUAUAUAAUUGACCCUUUCAAGAUAUUCGGUAAGAUGAAUAAGCUCAACAGACUUACAACUGACCCGAAGAUACUAAAGAUUAUGCACGGUGCCUGUAACGAUGUGAUCUGGCUCCAGCGUGACUUUAAUAUAUUUGUCGUCAACCUCUUUGAUACGAGAGAAGCUGCCAUAGUUCUAAAUCUCCCUGAGCAAUCCUUAGCUAAGCUUGUCCAAAAGUAUUUUAACAUCAAAUUAAAUAAAAGAUUUCAAAUUUCCAAUUGGUCCAAAAGUUAUAAUUGUUUGAAUUGUGGAAUUAGACCAUUGGAUGAUGAGAUGUUGGAUUAUGCAUGCUGUGAUAGUCAUUAUUUAAUACCAUUGUAUAAUACAUUGAAGGAUGAGAUUCUAUCAAAGGAGGAUGGAAGAGUUAAGAUCAUACAAGUGAUGAAUAACGGAAGAGAAACGUGCUUGAAGCAGUAUGUGGAUAGAGGACCGGAGAUAUAUAAGAAGUUCAAAUCAAUUUCGAAACGCCAUAAAAUCAAAAUCCCAGAACUGGACUUUGUAUCAUAUAACCUACUCCUGAACAUUAUCGCAUUCAGAAACUUUCUGGCCAGAAAAUUAGAUAAAUCUGAGAAACUCAUCAUCAGAGAUUAUCAAAUCGCAUUGCUCAUCAAGAGAAUGAAGUUGGGGAAUUACAAUUAUUUGGUAUCGAAUUUAUGUGAAUUCUUUAAUGGUGUAAAAUACGAGAUUGAGCAUAUUAUCAAAAUCAAAAAUGUAUUAAAUCAAAUACUUAGAUACAUAUUUAACUACGUUCCAUAG